AUGGCAGCAGCCAAAGACGAGUUACUGUUACCGCGGCUCCCUGAGCUGUUCGAAACCAGCAAGCAGCUUUUGGACGAACUGGAAAUCGCAACUGAGCCCACCGGCUCCCGAAUAAUCCAAGAUAAGGUGUUCAAGGGACUGGAUCUCCUGAAGAAGGCUGCUGAAAUGUUGUCGCAGCUCGACUUGUUCAGCCAAAAUGAAGAUUUGGAGGAGAUCGCGUCCACCGACCUGAAGUACCUGAUGGUGCCAGCAUUUCAAGGAGCGUUCGCUGUGAAACAAGUCAGUCCCAGCAAGCGUCUAGAUCAUUUGCAGUGGGCUCAAGAACACUUUUUAAACUACUUAACUCAGUGCCAGCACUAUCAUGUGGCAGAGUUUGAGCUGCCCAAAACCAAGACCAACUCAGCUGAAAAUAACACUGCUAAUUCCUCCAUGGCCUAUCCUAGCAUCGUUGCUAUGGCAUCUCAGAGACAGGCUAAAAUAGAGAGAUACAAGCAGAAGAAGGAGGUGGAGCAUAGGUUGUCUACACUGAAAUCUGCUGUGGAAAGUGGUCAAGCAGAUGAUGAGCAUGUUCGUGAAUAUUACCUCCUUCACCUUCGAAGGUGGAUUGGUAUCAGCUUAGAAGAGAUUGAGAGCAUUGACCAGGAGAUAACGAUCUUUAGAGAAAAAGACUCCAUAAAAGAGGCAUCAACUUCUCAGUCAUCUCGUCAGGACAGGCCUCCAAUGAAACCGUUUGUUCUCACUCGGAACAUGGCCCAAACCAAAGUAUUUGGAACUGGUUAUCCAAGUCUGGCAUCUAUGACAGUGAAUGACUGGUAUGAACAGCAUCGGAAAUUUGGAGCAUUACCAGAUCAGGGAAUAGCCAAGACAACGUCAGGUAAGGGAAGAUCAUCAUAACUACAAGAUCAACUAGUAAUGGGCAUCUGUGUAAGCAGAAAGAGUUGGCCAUCUGAAAGACCUGAAAACGGGAGAAUUCCAAAACAGCAAACAGUAUUCACUAAAAAGUGUGGCAUUCUGACAGGUGUAAGGUGCUGUUUCAUUGCAUUUGAGGUGGUUUUGAUUCACAUUUCCCUCGUGAUUAGUGAUGUUGAGCAUCUUUUCAUGUGCCUGUUGGUCAUCUGUGUGUCUUCUUUGGAAAAUGUCUAUUUAGAUCUUCUGCCCAUUUUGUAAUCAGAUUGUUUGUAUUGAGUUGUCUGAGUUCUUAAUAUAUUUUGGAUAUUAACCCCUUAUCAGACAUAUCAUUUGCCAGUAUCUUCUCCCAUUCAGUAGUUUUUUUGUCUUGCUGAUGGUUCCCUUUCCUGUGCAA